AUAAACAACGGUUGCCUUUGGUCUUCACUUCCAAAGGUCCUAAGUUUCUAAUUUCUAGUGAAACUAAAACAAGAAAAAUCCACAAGAAAACAUUGGUCUCAUUCUCUACCCCGCUAAGCCUUAUUAUUGCAGUAGCCCUGAAUCGUGAGAACUGCUGCUUCUCCGACAACCGUGGCACUGCCGCCGUGAGAGAGGAGAUAUGUUUCUGCUUCUUCGGUGACGACUGGCGCCUGUAACUCGUCUCCUUCCUUCAUCUGUCUCUUUCAAACGAGCCUAUCACUUAUUUCCGUCGUUUAUACUUUAUACCCGACCAUAGCCAUAUAUAGGGAGACUCAUAUCUCUCACACUGUGUUGGGUUAGUAGGUCAGAAAAAACAUGCAAGAUAAUCUAUUAUUGUCAUCACCAAAACAAGGUGCAGCAGAGAGUUACGUAGGAUGGUUAUGCAGAAGAAAUGAAGAGGAUCAUUUCAGGCCCUCCUUGAACUGGAGCUCACAAUCUAACAAUCUUGUGAGAUUUUGUAAAUUAACAUGUGCUAAUCCUUUGUCAUUUUUCUACAGUCUCAACACCAUUGCAACUCUCUUUGCAAUACCUCUUGGAAUUUCUUCUGCAGCUAGAUGACACCAUAAACAUGUUCUUUCUAAAUACUUUACAUGUUACAAUUUAUAUAGCUAGCUAGCUACCUUUGGACGUAUAGGUAUAUCUAAACCAAUUAUCUUUUCUCCUCUCUAAUUAUAGCACAAGAAUUUCAAAUGAAUUAGGAGCAGGCAAUCCACAUGCUGCCCGUGUUGCUGUGUUGGUCUCAAUGUCUUUUACAAUCACGGAGGCAACUAUAGUUAGCGGAACCCUCUUUGCCUGUCGCCGUGUUUUUGGUUAUAUUUUCAGCAAUGAGAAGGAAGUUGUAGAUUAUGUCACUGUCAUGGCUCCUCUAAUUUGCAUAUCUGUUAUACUGGACAGCAUACAAGGUGUUCUCGCAGGGGUUGCUAGAGGUUGUGGAUGGCAACACAUAGGGGUUUAUGUCAAUCUAGUGGCCUACUAUCUCUGUGGGAUUCCUGUUGCUGCCUCUCUGGCAUUUUUGGAAAAAAUGAGAGGAAAAGGACUUUGGAUUGGUGUACAAGUCGGUGCUUUUGUUCAAUGUGUUCUACUUUCUAUCAUAACAAGUUGCAUAAAUUGGGAACAGCAGGCAAUCAAGGCAAGAAAGAGGUUAUUUGAUAGUGAAUUUCCAGCGGACAAUAGACUGAUGGGAAUGGCUAGUGGACUGGAAACAAUUUGUGGACAGGCUUAUGGAGGCCAACAAUAUCAAAGAAUUGGAAUACAAACAUACACUGCUAUAUUCUCUCUCAUUUUGGUUUCUAUUCCGGUGUCUCUCCUUUGGAUCAACAUGGAAACCAUACUAGUUUUCAUAGGCCAGGACCCUCUAAUUUCCCAUGAAGCAGGGAAGUUCACAAUUUGGCUUGUUCCAGCACUUUUUGCAUAUGCAAUUCUACAGCCGUUAGUUCGAUAUUUCCAAAUCCAAAGUUUGCUUCUUCCCAUGUUUGCAAGUUCUUGUGUCACACUCAUUAUUCAUGUACCUCUUUGUUGGGCCUUGGUAUUCAAGACAAGUCUGAGUAAUGUUGGUGGAGCAUUGGCUGUGAGCAUUUCAAUAUGGUCAAAUGUGAUUUUUCUUGUGUUAUACAUGAGAUACUCUUCUGCAUGUGCAAAAACCCGCGCACCGAUUUCUAUGGAGCUGUUCAAAGGAAUGUGGGAGUUCUUUCGUUUCGCUAUCCCUUCAGCAGUAAUGGUUUGCCUUGAAUGGUGGUCAUAUGAGCUGCUUGUAUUGCUGUCAGGACUCUUACCAAAUCCACAACUUGAAACUUCAGUUCUGUCCGUUUGCCUCAACACCAUUGCAACUCUCUAUACGAUACCCUUUGGAAUUGGUGCAGCAGCAAGCACAAGGGUUUCAAAUGAAUUAGGAGCUGGGAAUUCACAUGCUGCACGUGUUGCCGUGUUAGCAGCAAUGUCUCUUGCAGUAAUUGAGACAAGUAUAGUAAGUGCAACACUCUUCGCCUGCCGCAAUGUUUUUGGUUAUAUUUUCAGCAAUGAGAAGGAAGUUGUUGAUUAUGUCACUGCCAUGGCUCCUCUGGUAUGUAUAUCUGUUAUACUAGACAGCAUACAAGGUGUUCUAACAGGGAUUGCUAGAGGUUGUGGAUGGCAACAUUUAGGGGUUUAUGUCAAUCUAGGGGCCUUCUACCUUUGUGGGAUUCCAAUGGCUGCCUUAUUAGCAUUUUUGGUGCGAUUGGGAGGAAAAGGACUAUGGAUUGGCAUACAAAGUGGUGCUUUUGUUCAAUGUAUUCUACUUUCUAUCAUAACAGGUUGCAUAAAUUGGGAAAAGCAGGCAAUCAAGGCAAGAAAGAGGUUAUUUGAUGAAAAAAUUUCAGCAGACAAUAUAUUGGUAUGAGUAUGACAAGCCCUCAAAGGCCAAUUUUCUAAAGAUGGGGACUAUUUUCCGUGAGUGAGGAGUAGGAGUUUAGUUUUUGGUUUUUUGGAAGUGGUUAGCUAUAUGAGCUUGUACCUUCGUGCAUCUGAUUAAAGAAUAAUAGUAGCAUUUUUUGUCAUGAUAAUAGGAUUAAACGUUUAGCAAUGUUUCGAAUGCAAAAUGUAAUUUUGAGCUAUGCCAACUAUUUUUCAUUUAAUAGCCGAUCCUUGAUAGUUCCCGUCUUAUA